GUUGUUCGAGCAAAAGAGAGAAUAGACACAGAAUUAGACAUAGAAACAAAACAAGAAAACACUACAGACUCUAAUGCCAGUGAUAAACCUAAGGAUUCUUGAUAAUACAAGAUUCAUUUUAGGAAAUUUUAACAUAUUCUAGUAGUCAAAAAUCAACAUGUUCCACAAAUCAGUCACAACUUAGUAGGUCUGAUCGCAGACUUUCUGCAAGUUCAUGGACAUCAUAGUCUGAUUUGGCAAUUUACACAAAUUGUUGAGUUUGUUUUGUAAUAAUAACAAGCAGUACCAUUUGACUUGUAUUUUAUAUUUAUUACAGUGUAUAUAUAGCAUUCAAUAUAUUCUGAUCAAAGAAUAUUAUUUUCGCAUAUUAAUAUAGCAUUCAUGUAAUAUCUCACUGUGUGGUUUCUUUGAAGUAGAGCUAAUGGUGCUGACUAUUCUAGAGUAAAAAGUUAAACCUUCCCAAGCCUUUGUUGUUGCUAUGGGAAUUAUGACAUCAUUUGACAUCAUUAU